AUGAAUACUAUAUGUUUUAAUGAAAAUAUUGACAUAGAUCAGCUGUAUAAUAAUGACACUAUAAGAAAAACAAUGUUAACAGAGUGGAUGCAAAUAAAUACAUUAUUUGUAGAAGCGCGUUCUCUAACAUAUGCUGUAUUUCCAACACAAUGGACUUGGGAUUCAAAGGAUAGAUUAUGGCAUAAACGAAAAAAAGGCGAUUCAACAUGCAUGGCUUAUGGCCUACUGGGUGAUGAUAGAGAAUGGGUUGAGGUCUUGAAAGAAGCGGUAUUAUGGGUUACAUCUAAACAAUUAAGACAUCUUUUCAUUAUUUUGAUUGUGUUUUGUGAGGUCGGUGAUCCUAACAAAUUGUUCAAUAUGUUUUGGAAAAUUUUUGCUGAUGAUAUAGAAUAUAAUUUGAGACGAGACUUUGAACUUGAAAAUGUUUUCAUCUCCGAGGAACGUUUAAAAAAUUAUACUCUCAUCGAAUUAGAAAAACUAAUAAACCGAAAUGGAUAUUCAUUAAUGGAUUACAAUUUACCCAUGCCCAACAGAUCGUUUGAGUACGAUUCAGCAAAUAAAUUAAUAUUAGAAGAACUAGCAUUUGACAUAACAACAAUGCAAAUUAAGCAUGAUCAAAUGAUUAGAACAUUAAAUGUUGAACAAAAAAUAAUUUAUGAUGCUGUUGUUAACUCUGUUUGUCUUGAAGAUGGUAAUCAAUUUUUUAUUUACGGGCAUGGAGGCACAGGUAAAACAUAUUUGUAUCAAACUAUAAUUUAUAAGUUCAGUCGAACUGCUCAUUCUCGAUUUAAAAUUCCUAUAAAUAUAGAUGAGCAUUCUACAUGUGAUAUUAAAAAGGGUACCCAAUUAGCAGACCUAAUAAAAGAAGCCAGUUUAAUAAUAUGGGAUGAAGCACCAAUGAGUCAUCGAUAUUGCUUCGAAGCUGUUGAUAGAUCUUUACGUGAUAUCCUAUCUACAAAUGAUAAUGAUAAAAAGAACUUGCCUUUUGGAGGAAAGACAAUGUUAUUAGGCGGUGAUUUUAGACAAAUUUUACCUGUAAUAUCAUAUGGAAUGAAAGAAGAUAUAUUAGAUGCAUCUAUAACAAGAUCAUAUAUAUGGAACUAUUUUAGAGUAUUUAAGUUAAAUAUUAACAUGCGAGUCGCUGAACAACAGUGUCACAAUUUGGAUCAUUCCAAUUUACCAUUUUCAGAAUGGUUACUAGCUAUUGGAGACGGAAGAUUAAAAAAUAGACAAAUUAAAAUAUUUGAUGAGGAGAAUAAUUGGAUAGCGAUACCUUCUAAAUUCUUGAUUGAUUACAAUGAUGAUUCAAUUUACAGUAUCAUAAGUUAUGUAUAUUUAGACUUCCGAAAUAAUUAUUCAAAUUCAGAGUACUUGCGUGAAAGAGCUAUUGUAUGUCCUAGAAAUGAAGUAGUUGACAAUAUUAAUUUAGCAAUGCUUAAAUUAGUUCCUGAGCAAGAAAAAAUUUAUUAUAGUUAUGAUUGUAUAUGUAAAAGUGCUCCAAACAUCGAAGAGUUGCAACUACUUUAUCCAGUUGAUUUUUUAAAUACUUUAAAUUUUAAUGGUUUUCCUCAGCAUGAAUUACAUUUAAAAAUUAAAACAUCAAUCAUGCUUUUACGAAAUUUAAAUCCCGCUAUAGGUUUAUGUAAUGGCACUAGACUGCUUAUUGUUCAAUUAGGUAUUAGGGUAAUUGAAGCUCAAAUUAUAACUGGAUCUUUUGCAGGAGACAGAGUUUUCAUACCACGUAUUGUUUUAUCUGCAACUGAAAAAAAUGGCCUUUCAUUCUGA